AUGCACCGGCUCGGGGUACAGCGGAUUGCGCGCAGAGGGCCGUGCUCGCAAACAGUCCGCCUGAAUUCCACGUCCUCCACAGGACCCAAGGACGAUGCGACUCCCCCUACAAAGGAGAAUAGCUCUCACCCCCGGGUGUCUAGCUACCAUGGACUUUCGAUACCUAGUCGCGAGGAUGUCCUGAGAAAUCCCAAUGUUCACAUGGCCUACCUACCAUUUGCCGACAACUCCAGGUCUUUCAAACCGAGCAUAUCCUAUUUGAAGAGCAGCUCUGGGAACUUGAGCUUCGCCCAGCGCUUGGCGCGUCAGCAAUUGUCGCAAAAAGACCCGUCGACACCGAAAGACGGUCCAGUCUCGUUGAAGCCAAGUACGAACCGUCCCACACCACCCAAGAGAAACCCGACAUCAACCAGCUCAACCAACGAUCAGAGACCUCCCCAAAGGGAUGAACGACCCCCUGCAAUUACGCUCGCUGACGCUGAGAAAUGGACAGUUCUGCUUCCAGCGCGUCAAAAGGCAGCUCUCGCGAAGGAAGCUCGCAACAAACAGCAAUUGAGAGGGGGUAGUAGCGUAUCCAGCUCAGACAAUUCACGGAAGCCCAGCCGUUACGACGGAGUAGAGAUAUCGUCGACGAAACCCAGGGGUCCUGCAACUCCGAAUCGUCAAUCUCGUCCCCAGCGCUCCUCUAACGCGCCCGAUGCACAACGCAAGCGUGAUCGUCAGCGUCGCAAGCCCAGGCCCAAGGUUGACCAGGACGUUGCGCCGGUGAAUUUCAAUCCGUUGGCGCCUGUCACAGGCACGCUUGAAGAAGCAGACGCCGACAACGAGCCUGAUGAAUGGGAUCCCGAUGAGACUCCUCCUCUUCCCCCUCAUGCUGCUGGUGCCACUGCACCCGAUAUCGUCGCCACGGAUAUCGUUUCUACGUUAAACCCCAUUGGCACCUAUGCCCAGCUUUCUUCGGCGUCAACCACUCUCAAUCCUGCCGAAGCAGCACUCAUGGAAUCGACUGAUCGAACUCAAUGGGUAUUGGAGACCAUUGGUGGUGAUUACUCGAAGUACGCACCUCAGGUGCCGUCGGAUUUCGUUACAGCCCACGCGAACCUUGGUCCUUUGAAGCACUCACAACUUGUCCUCGCCCAUCGCCGUGAUGUAUCGCUGGCUCAAAGGGGUGUUGUAGGUGACGUUGUGCGAGCGUCCGUUCAAGAGUAG